CUGCGCGCCUGGCUGCGGGAGCCAUGCGGCGGGCGAGAAGCGGCGCGGCAGCCAAGCCACGCGUGCAGAAGCGGCCGGGAGCCUCCGGGGCCCCCGCGGCCGCCCCCUCGGCCCCCAGCGCCAGCCGCUCCCGGCGCUCCACGGGCCAGGCCGGGGGCGAGAGCAGGGCGGCGGCGAGGCAGCCGUCGGCGAAGCGGCGGCCGACGCAGUCGUCGCCGCGGGCCCAGGAGGCGGGCCCCGGGCAGCCGCCGCCGGAGCUGCCUCUGCUCCCGCCGCCGCCGCCGCCGCCGCCCCCCCCCGCCUCGCCCGCUGCCUCGCUGCCCGACCUGGGCGACCAGCGGGAGCGCUGGGAGACGUUCCAGAAGCGACAGAGGCUUACCUUCGAGGGCGCCGCCAAGCUGCUGCUGGACACCUUCGAAUACCAGGGCCUGGUGAAACACACCGGAGGCUGCCACUGUGGGGCAGUUCGUUUUGAAGUUUGGGCCUCGGCGGACUUGCACAUCUUUGACUGCAACUGCAGCAUUUGCAAGAAGAAACAGAAUAGACACUUCAUUGUCCCAGCUUCUCGCUUCAAGCUCCUGAAGGGAGCAGAGAGUAUAACCACAUACACGUUCAACACGCACAAGGCGCAGCACACGUUCUGUAAGAGAUGCGGCGUUCAGAGCUUUUACACUCCCCGCUCGAACCCUGGAGGCUUUGGAAUCGCCCCCCAUUGCCUAGAUGAGGGCACCGUGCGGAGUGUGGUCAUUGAGGAAUUCAAUGGCACCGAUUGGGAAAAGGCCAUGAAGGAGCACAAGACCAUCAAGAACAUGUCUAAAGAGUGAGCUCCUGCUUCGCCCUUCCUGAAAAGGAGGAACGAUGGGGCCAGCAGCUUUGCUGUCCCCGCUGCACCUCGGUGGUGCUCGUGAAUGUGGCUGACUGGGGCCACCGGCUCCGUUGGCCAGCGGCCAUCUGGAUGUUCGCAGUUCGCUCCAGCUACCAGUGUCUGUAGGCAGCUCUUUGUCCUUCCUCAGCCCAGAUUUUGAUGUAGGCUAGUUGGUAUCCUUUCUCUUAUCAACUUUUGUGUGAUCUUUUAGAAAAAUAAAUAUUUUUAACAUGAAA